AUGCAUUAUUUAAAGAGAAUCAUGGCCUCUGAAAGGCGUCCUUUGCGCAAUCUUAUUGCCGCAGUGGAUUUUGGCAGCACUCAUGCCUGUGCUCGAAUCUAUAAUGAUAAAUGUGUAAACCUUGCAGAGGCGAUAUUACCCAGCAAUACAUCUGACCCAGAGGCUUGUUGGAGUGUUUUAUGCAAUUUGCUGCAAUCAGUCAUUACACGAUCCGGAAUCCGUACAUCCGAUGUUUAUUGUCUAGGUUUGUCGGUGCAGAGAAAUACAUUCCUAAUAUGGAAUAGGGAAACAUCAGUGCCUGUUACACGCCUUUGUACGUGGCAGGAAAUUAGUGCCUCCGCAUAUGCUUCCAACCGAAAUAAUUCGCAGUUUAUUAAAGCUCUAAACAGGAGCGGAAAGAUGCUGUAUAAGGUGGUUCCGAACGCCAAAUUUAAGAUGAUAUCACACUACAAACUUACUUGCAUUUUCGCCGUCACUCGUCUCGCACAUAUGUUUGAUGAGGACCCAAUGCUUUACGAGAAGUGCCGCGAUGGCGAGUUCGUCUACGGGUGUUUGGAGACCUGGUUGCUGUGGCGGCUAACUGGGGGGAGGGCCUGGUGCACGGACGUUAGCUGCACCAGUGCCACCGGCGCCUUCGAUCCCUCCAUCCCUGGCCUUAGUCCAAUCAUUUUGAAUUUUCUGAAAAUAUCUCCAAAAAGCUUUCCUGCAAUAUGUCCCACAAGCACUUUCUUCGGUGAGAUUCAUUGCGGUCCCUUGGGAGAUUUGGGCGGAGCGGCGAAGAGGCGGAGGGUCAGGGUGACCGCGAUCAUCGGUGACUCACAGGCCGCUAUGCUGGGCGAAGGCUGUCUAAGCGUGGGUGAUGCAAAACUCACCCUCGGAACUGGCGCCUUCCUCAAUGUCAACAUUGGUUCCCGCGUGAUCCCUCCAAAUACCGGCAAGUACCUCUGCAUGGUUAUGACUCAAGAAGCUUUUCCAGGUCGUGGAAAGCCUCUGCCGUCAUACCCGACUGUUCUUGCAAGUAUCAAGAAAUUUGAUGCCAUACUCGAGAUGUUUACACAAAAGCACGGCCUUGAAGUCAUGACAUUUCUACGUGAGGGAUUUUAUCCAGUCGUUGGAUGGGCCCAAUCUGCGAGGACUGAUAGCUCCCUCAGUUGUGAGGUCGUACCCGACACGGAGCUGAAAAACGUCACUUAUUUGAUCGAAGGCUUCAACUCCGAUGCGGGCAGCUCGUUGAUCAAACUAAAAGAAGCCGGAUAUUUCCAAUCGUAUACGGAAUUAGAACAGAUACUCGGGACUACUUCAGGCUCUUUUGAUAUGGCUAUGGAGACGUCGCCCUUCUUUGUGCCCUCCUCCCUGGGCCUCCGUAAAAUAUCUCGAAAGAGGAGGACGCGCUCGUGUGAGGGCGAGAAGGCUCUAACUUUUGUCAACACCAACACCACCCUCACUGAUGGUGGUAUCUUCGUGGGCCUGCCGGGACCGCUUUACCAGCGUAACCUUCCCACCUCUACCCGCUAUGCUGUACUCUUUGCCCUCAUGGACUCUAUUGUCAUGUCUGCUCGUCUCCUCUUCGUCAAGGGAGUCAACAAAGAACUGGCCUCUGACAUAUCGGUACUGCGCUUGAAUGGCAACCUCACUCAAUCGGACUGGUUGAUGCAGCGCCUGGCGGACACACUGGAUUUGCCGGUGGAGAGGAGUGCCAUCUCUGAAACAUGCUGCCUCGGUGCCGCCAUCGCUGCUGGCGUCGGGGCUGGAAUAUGGGAUACGUAUGCUGAGGCGGUGCAGUGUGUGCGUGAGCAGAGCACAAGACUCGCGUCAUCCGAAGCUCCCAAGGCUCUAAAGACGCGAUUCAUUCCUAAUCCCGCCUCUGCCGCUUGUAUGGAAUCACGCUACUUUCACUGGACUGCUGUCUGUGCGCACACUCUAGCUGCCCACGACUCUGAAUUCACCAAACGCAAGUCAUCAGUUGCACUGAAUUCCCUUCUCAAAUUCAUCAAGUGA